CAGAGCUGGAAUAAAUAGUUGCGCUGAACCAGACUGACAAGAUCCAAUUUUCGACAGCACGGAUCCCAACACUCUGCCACAAUGAUUUAUCUUUCAGGGCUUGUUGGCUUUCUGCUGGUGCUAACAGCUGAGGCCAGAGUUGGAAACUCCUCUCAGUUAGAGUUCUGUAGUGAGACUAAAGAGUGCCUGCUGUUUGAUCUGGUCUGUGAGACUGAGGACUUUCAGGUCCGUUACUAUGACUCUGUGAAAUGGGUUUCAACUGACGAGACGUCCUACUUCAUGGAUAUGGCAGCAUUUAGAGCAUUCAGACGACUUUUUGAAUACAUCACUGGUGCCAACGAGAAUGGAGAGAAAAUUGAAAUGACUGCUCCUGUUGUUAUAAAAAUAUCUGAGGGCAUGUACUUCUGGCAAAAGGGCACCUACACAAUGAGUUUCUUGCUGCCAGCUAAACAUCAGGCGAAGCCCCCCAAACCUACUGAUGAGCAGGUGUACCUCCAAAAGAUGCCAGCAAUGAAAGUGUAUGUGCAGAGCUACGGAGGAUGGAUGACGAGCUUUUCUGACAGAAACAAAGCAAGCAGUCUCUCCGCUGCCCUCGACUUACUGAAAGCAGAGUACAAAAAAGGCUUUCACUAUGCUGUUGGAUAUAACAGUCCAAUGAAGCUGUUUAACAGGCACAAUGAGGUGUGGUAUGUCGUCAGCGAUGACCCAGUGUGUUCCAGCAGUGAGGAAGAGGACUGAAGCAAUGAGGGCUUACAGCAGAUGGUGCAUAUGAAGAGCUUUUGCAAGGCAGACAUUACGUCAAGUGUCAUGUAAAUAACCUGCCAGUGAGAGCACACAUUUUAAAAAUGCCAAUGAAUUUAAUACACUACGUAGUACUUGCAACGAUGAUUUUACACAAGCUUGUUUUCUGCUCUAUUCAAUAAAUUUACCCUUUUGCAGUCA